AUGAUUGACAGUUACCUGAAGGUGAUGCGGAGCGAGUACCACAUCCCCAGCAGCUACCAGAGGGACGACGGGAAGUGUGGUGACGUCGGCUACCAGGACACGAAACAAUACAACCACAUGUGGAUCAAGGCCAUUUGUGACCCCGAUGGCCCCACCCCUUGUUGUAGGACUAAUAGUUGUCUGCCCCUGUCCCAAGAAGAAUGCAGGUGCCCCACGUGUUACGACGAGCGCCAGGCCAUUCACUCCGAGUUCGCCACGUGGUCGCCACAUGACGUCACGUGCAGCGUUGAGAACUUCACGUCAGAACAGGCGUGCCGGACGCUGAACGGCACCAGCCUGUACUUCAUCGGAGACUCCUUCAUCCGGCACGUCUUUGUGGCCAUGGUCAUCGUCCUGUCCGACAACGUCGUGGACGGCGCCCUGAAGAAGUCCUGGAACCCCGGACCAGACAUAAAGAAGACAUGUUAUGGAAUGUUCCAGAUUACGGGUGGUAUGUGUCGUUAUCAGCUGGAGGAAGAUCAGCUUCUGUGUAACAACACGGUCAGGGUCAGGUAUGUGGAGGUGUUCCCAGCCUCCCAACUUUCUCGCGCACUUCCGGUUCUGGAGACGCUCCGCGACCAGAGCAACUCCACCAUCAUCUUCAGCAUUGGUAUCCACGACGACAUGGACGCCGACGUGGUGGCCAAACAGUUUCUACUUCCGUUCCUCAACGCCAGGCAGUAUUACGUCACCAACAACGCCAGCCUUGACCUUAAUCACGUGAUGACCAACUUCCAUAACUGGAGAGUUGACCUCAAUAAUAAAAAUAACUCCGGGGAUUUUUAUCCCUUUCACUCUAAAAUAGACGAUGAAUCUUCUAGCAAAACCACAAAGUCUUUCAGCGGCAAUAUAACAAACGCCAUUUUAAACCAAUUAGUUACUAACGGCUCAUUAAUUAAUAAAGAAAAUAAAACCGUUUAUUUCAAGAAUAUUCCAGACCCCGCCCACAAAAACGCCAGGCCACGCCUCCUAUGGCUAGGCGUCCACGCCCCUGGUCUGCUCAAGUCUCCCAAGUUCCAGAGGCAGACGGCAGAGGGGGUGCAGCUGUACAACCAGGAGAUCCAGAAGAUAUUGAAUCAGUGGAGCGUACCAGACUUGCAGACGUUCAACUUUACACGUGGCGUGGUCAGCCAUGAUGGAACUCAUUACGGCUGGGGCAUCAAUAUGUUGAAAGUUAACAUGAUAUUAACGUAUUUUAAUAAAACUACUACCUAG